CAUGAUAUUCUAUAUUUGUGUCUGUAUUUACCACUUCAGUGUUUCUACAUUAUCUUUUUGUAAGAAUCGACACUCAAUGGUGGCAAAUAAAUAUGAAAAGGUGUUGCAGCUUUAACUAUUUUUAGCCAAAACUCUCCCUAAAGUGAACUUUUCUUUUUGAUUUCUUGUAUUUUCUUUCAAUAAGUAGUAUCUGAGCUGGGCUACGUCACAGAUCCACGUCCUCCGGUAGGAGUGGAUAACCUUGACCAACGCCUCCCAGUGUGAACACUUUCCCCCCAAACGUCUCUCUUCACGCGGCAGCUCCGAGCCUCUCGCGGGGCGGGAGAGGAGAGCAUCCCUCUCUCGUGGUGGUGGAUCAUCAUGAGCAGCCCUCCGUGCGUCACGGCUGCGCUCUGGACUCUCCGCCCCGCAUGACAAUUGUUGUGAUGACGCGUCGUCCUCUUGCCGCUGUCCCGUGAGCGCGCGCUCACAUCCUUCUCCGUGGACACAUCCAGAGCAUCACACCUGCGUGUCCGGGUUUCUGCAGAACCCGGAGGAUUCUGAAAGCUGCGUAAAGAUCUGAAUCCAGGAGCUGAGGUCCAGCUGUUCCCCCCAGAAUCAACGCCCGUACCGCUGCAGUCUUCUCUCCUCUUUCCACUCCCACCCCCUCCCCACCCUCAGCCUCCCCGAUGCCGAAAAACAGCAAGGUGACACAGCGCGAGCAGAGCCACGAGCACGUCACCGAGUCGGUGGCCGACCUGCUCGCAAAUGAGGAGCCGUUCGACUACAAGAGCAGCUCCCUGAACGUGGGGGCGGCCUCAGAGAAGAGGGUCCCGCAGAUCGAGGCGCCCGAGAACGAUGGCCGGCCCGCCUGGAACAGCAAGCUGCAGUACAUCCUGGCCCAGGUGGGCUUCUCCGUGGGGCUGGGGAACGUGUGGCGUUUCCCGUACCUGUGCCAAAAGAACGGCGGAGGGGCCUACUUGGUUCCAUACUUCAUCCUCCUCAUCAUCAUCGGCAUCCCGCUCUUCUUCUUGGAGCUGGCGGUGGGUCAGAAGAUCCGGCGUGGGAGCAUCGGCGUGUGGAACUAUGUCUGUCCUCGUCUGGGAGGGAUAGGAAUGUCGAGUCUGAUGGUGUGUGGAUUUGUGGGUCUCUACUAUAAUGUGAUCAUCGGCUGGAGCAUCUUCUACUUUUUCCAGUCCUUCCAGUACCCUCUACCAUGGAGCGACUGUCCCAUCAGGAAGAACGGGACUCUGGCCAUCGUAGAGCCGGAGUGUGAAAAAAGCUCGGCUACGACCUACUUCUGGUACCGCCAGACUCUGAACACCACCAGCACCAUCGCAGAGAGCGGCGGGCUGAACGUGAAGAUGACCCUGUCCCUGCUGGUGGCCUGGAUUAUCGUCUGCCUCGCCGUCAUUAAAGGGAUAGCCUCCUCUGGAAAGGUGAUGUACUUCAGCUCCCUGUUCCCCUACCUGGUUCUGUUCUGCUUCCUGGUCAGAGGUCUGAUGCUGAAAGGAUCGGUCGAUGGGAUCGCUCACAUGUUCACUCCAAAGCUGGAGAAGAUGCUGGAGCCGCAGGUGUGGCGGGAAGCGGCCACGCAGGUCUUCUUCGCUCUGGGUCUGGGCUUCGGAGGAGUGAUCGCCUUCUCCAGCUACAACAAGAUCGACAACAACUGUCACUUUGACGCCGUGCUCGUCUCCUUCAUCAACUUCUUCACCUCCAUCCUCGCCACGCUGGUGGUGUUCGCCGUGCUGGGCUUCAAAGCCAACAUCAUGAACGAGAAGUGCGUCUCGGAGAACGCAGAAAAGAUUCUGGGAUUCCUGAACUCGAAUGUGCUGAGUCACGAUCUCAUUCCUCCACACGUCAACUUCUCCCGUCUGACCACGUCCGAGUACGCCGAGAUCUACGGGGUCAUCAAGACGGUCAAAGAGGACGGCUUUGCCAGGCUGGGUCUAUAUCCUUGUCUGCUGGAGGACGAGCUGAACAAGGCGGUCCAGGGCACCGGCUUGGCCUUCAUCGCCUUCACAGAGGCCAUGACGCACUUCCCAGCUUCUCCUUUCUGGUCUGUCAUGUUCUUCUUCAUGCUCAUCAACCUCGGUCUGGGGAGCAUGAUCGGCACCAUGACUGGAAUCACAACACCCGUCCUCGACGCCUACAAAGUCCAGAAGGAGCUUUUCACAGUGUGCUGCUGCAUCGUGGCGUUUCUCUGUGGCCUGCUGUUCGUUCAGCGCUCAGGAAACUACUUUGUCACCAUGUUUGACGACUACUCCGCCGGGCUGCCUCUCACUGUGGUGGUCAUCCUGGAGAACAUCUCCGUCUCCUGGGUUUACGGCACUAAGAGAUUCAUGCAAGACCUGGAGGACAUGUUGGGAUUCCGUCCGUCUAUAAUCUACUUCUACCUGUGGAAGUACGUCUCCCCCCUGUGUCUCAUUGUUCUCAUCUCAGCCACGGUCAUCGAGAUGGUCAUCAUCCCGCCCGGAUACAACGCCUGGGUUCAAGAACUGGCGCAGGAGCGGUUCCAGAGCUACCCCCGCUGGGCUCUGGUCAUGUGCUUCGCUCUCAUCGCCGUGGCGAUGCUUCCCCUCCCCGUCGUCUUCAUCGCACGCCAGUUCAACCUGAUGUCGGACGGCUCCAACAAGCUGGCCGUCUCCUACCGUAAAACCAUGAUGAAGGACAUGUCCAACCUGGAGGAGCAAGACGAGGCCAGAUCCAUCCUUAGGGCCAAACCCGGCGAGGCCCCGCCCUCCACUGCGGCGCGCAGACCGUUCCUCACGCCGGGGGGCAACAAACCUCUGGAUCCCAACUCUCUGUCUCCAAACAUGUGUUACGGCACGGGCUACCAGAAUGCCGCCAUCAGCCCCACCACGCCAUCGACUCCGCCCACGCCCGCUACGCCGGAGUCAGACUCUUGACUGUUCCAACCCCUCCCCCGACUCCCCGUCCUGCAGCACACUUUACUUUUCAGCCAUAAAGUCUCCACUAACGCAGAUUACAGAUUCCAUGAAGCCAUCUGGACGAGAGGAGACCAGCAGUCGAGGGUUUUCACAGCUGAUCUGUUAACACUGUUUGAGAAGAUGACCUGCUGCCCUCUGCCCCGUCCUCUGAACCUCAGAGACUCGCGUCUUCUACUCUGCACUCGUGUCAGGAAUGGAUGAAUGUGGGAGAGCGGAAAAGAACAUAUUCUUUAAGCAGUAUUCCUUCAUCUCUGCCCUCCACAGCAGUAGCAUUCAAGCUAUGCACAGCUAAACAGGCCACGUCUCACUUACUGCGUCAGAAGAUCCUGUUUCUGAUGUGAGUAAACCGUCUCUGUGACAGUAUUACUCCUGGUUCACACUGGACGCGGAAGCGCCGCGGAACGGAACCCGCUUCCAUUCGGCGCCCUUGUUAACCUAUGGUUUGGUUCACACCAGGCGCGGAUCGUUUCGGCGUCUGGUCUAUUUUGUGCUCGAGCCACAAGCGAUCCACGUCAAUCUGGCAGGAAGUUACAUUAAGAUACACGAGAAAAUCUGGUUUAUUUUCUAAAUAUAACCGAUUUUUCAAAAUCAAAAACAGAGAUUGACAGAUGCAAUCAUGUUUGUGUAUCUAAACAGACUGUAGAGAAGAAAUAAAUAUACAACACACACACACAUACGUAUUUUCCUGUAACGUGGGGACUCCUGACUGAAAGUCACACAUGGGGACUUCCCAUUUUAUGUGAAAUUUAGGCGUAUUUUUGUCCCACAUUUUCUUUUUAGGUUUUUUGGCACCCAAACACACACAUGCUCACUAACUUUUCACAAUUUUAAAAUCUUGUUCUUGGGUACUGGUGGGGACCUGCCUCUUGUGUCUUACCACAAGUCACCACUAGGGGGCAAUUUACAUUUUAGUAGAACAAUUCUUUACAUUUUCACAUUUGGGAGCCUGUAAAAAGGAGUUUUAAGGAUAAAUAAAGACAUAAAAGCAGAACUAUGAUUUUUUUAAGCAUUUUUUAUACCUAUAUAAGGAGGAGAAAUCUUUUAUCAAACAAUAAUGAAUUUACUUAACUUUCAGCAGUCACCAACGAUCACAGAAAAUGUGCACAGCUGUGAACAGAUUAAUUAGACAUCUUAUCCUACGUUUAGGAUUCUGAAAAACAAACAUUUAAUUAUUAAAUAUGUCAUUUUAUUCGAUUUCAAAUAUUUUAAAGACCCUCCUUAUUGAAAAUUCUCCCUUUUCUCAGUUUUUAACUUGUAUGUGUGCCUUUUUAUUGAUGAAAAAGGACAAGUAAUGAGAUGAAAAUAAACAUAAAGUCACAACACACACAAAAAAUAGACACACACACACUUCUCUAGCUUGUUUCAACAACAGAUACAUUACUACUAAAUUACUACUUGCUUCUUCUUAGUAGAAACAUGGGGUAAUAUUUUUAGGUAAUUAAUUUACCCAUGAUGGCAAAAACAAAAAAAUGUGCCAUCUGGUGUGAAUUGCAGGAGAGAUUAUAUGACACGUGCACUCUGCUCUGCACCACAUUCGCGUCCAGUGUGAACCCAGCGUUCGUGUGGAGGAUGCUGAAGAAUACUCUGAAUAUUUAUGUUCCUUCUGACUCAAAGUCGGUAGUUGUAGCGUCUGUUUAGUUAAACUAAAUCCUGUUUUACAUUUUCUUUACCACAAUCUUUUAACAUGGAGUUUUUGUCUGUUUUUCCUUGUUUAAGCUGCAGCUAAACUUUUAGUUUUUUCAUCAAAGAGGGAAAAAAGUAUAAACUGGAGAAUUCUGGUGCAAAAGUUUAGAUUACAUUUUAGAAAGAAACACAAAAAACAGAAAACAAUUUGCUUAUAAGGAGUAAGCGCGUAAAUACACUUUUUACUUCAACAGCACAAAACAAAACUACCGUGCACAAACAAAUAAGUGACACAAAAUGUGUUUAAGCACAAAGUAUGGACAUUUUAUAAUUAAUAUCUGAAAAGGCACAAAAUUGCUCUCAUUUAAAAGGAUUUAAAUAUUUUUAAAAAUGGACCAAAAGAUAUAGAAAUGGAAAAGCACGAAUUGAAUAGAUGUUCUUUAGCAUGUUAGAACUCACUAAAAUAAUCUGCUGCAGUUUGUGUAUUUUAAUGUUGAGCUCUUUAGGCACAUGAUGGAUCCCAUCUCACUUAAAAAAACACAAGUUCUUGUUUUAUCAAAGCACACGUUCAAAGCAAUGACACAGAGGGGCACAUUAUUUUAAUAUAUACCUUUAUAUAUGCAGGAAUGUAUAGGCUAUGUAUAUAAAAGCUUUAUCUUUGCCAAGUAUAAAGAGUUGGUUAGUACUUUCCUCUUAUGUGGCGCUUGUUGACAAACUGUGUGUUGUGUUUUGUGUUGUUCUUGUUGUGUGAUGGGAUGUAAGUGGUUUUGUGUGUUUGUCACAUCUCAGGUGACGUUCGCUCACCUGUUCUCUCUGGAUUUCCAGUUACAAGCAAUAUGUCAGAAAGUAUUCACUCGCUUGUGUUUUAUCCUAAACUAAGAAGGAGGUGUGUCUGAGCGAUUCUUCUGUUCUUCAACACACUUUAGGGAGAGCAGAAUCAAAACACAACUUUACGCAUCAUUUGGAAAAUAUUUUUUUAAAUAUCUGGGGAGAGGUGAGCCUCUGAGGCAAUGCUGCACCACUGACUGUACAUGAGAACUGGACUGAGUGGCCUCGCCUCCUUCACUUUCCAAACAGGAAGUCAAAAUCCCAUAGACUUCCAUAGAGAAAUAAUCCGUUAUCACUCAUUAUUUGUCCGAAAACCCAUCAUUGAUCUGACACUUUUAUCUUAACAUGUUCUUGCUAUUUUUUUCAAGGUAUUUUUUUGUAGUAUAAGUUAUAAACUGACCAGUCAGGUGCCUCAAAAGAAACAAGUGAUCUCACGUUGAACAUUCAAAACGUUUGACAAAUUUCAUGUAACAUGCUUUCAGUGGAAGGGGUGUGGCCUUCCAACAAGCUCACUCUUGACUGGUGAGAGUGGUUUCCAUAGAAACGGUGACUUAGACCAACUUGGACCAAUCACUGCUGACAUGGUUUGGCUCCAAAAUGUCGGUGUCACGCAAAAAAUGGCGACUGAAUUGACUUCAUGUGGCUGGAGCCAUAAGUCACCGUUUUCUAUAGGUGAUUGAAUACAAUGGACUGUAUAAGAGAACUGGACUGAGUGAGUGUCACCCAUAGGAAAUGCCUUACCUCCGACUCCAAUGAAAUGAAGUCAAUGCAAAAAAUGGCAACUAAAUUGACUUCAUUUGGUUGGAGCCAGAAGGUACCAAUUUUAAUAGGUUAUGUCACAACAUUGACUGUAUAAGAGAAUUGGAAUGUGUGAGUGUGAUUUCAUCCAUAGAAAAUGGUUUACAUCCGGCUCCAAUGAAAUUAAGUCAAUUCAGUCGCUAUUUGUCUGAUAUGGUCGUCGCCAUGUUGAAACCAGAUGACAGUGAUUUGUCUGAGUCAACGUUUCUAUGGCAACCACUAAUGAAUCAGGAGUGAGCUUCUUGGAAUUCCACUUCUCUAAUACGUGAAAGCGGGCUAAUCAGAAUCUAUCAAUCAAACUGAAUGUUUGACAUGAGACCAUCUACAUUUAUUUACCCUAGACCACUUUGGCUAUAAAAGUUACACCAACUCUUUUGACGGGUAAUUUUUACCAGAUUAUAAUAUACCCCAAAAAAUAUUUUUCAUAAAAAUAGAUCACAAUAUGAAAACACAUGAUAAAUUGGAGUAUUGUUCCAUUUUCAACUGUGGUUUAUACAAUGAAAUGGAAAAUAAAAAUAUAGUAAGAUCCUAAAAACAUGCUCAAAAAUGACUGAAAAAUUAGGAUUUUGAGACAAAUAAAUUCUUACAAAAAUAAUAAUGACACUGGAGGUACUUACUGUUUGGCUUAUUGGAACCAGCUGGUACUUCUUGUUUGAUUUCUUGGAACCAGCAGGUACGUCCUGUUUGAUUUCCUUGAACCAGCAGGUACUUCCUGUUUGAUUUCUUGGAACCAGCAGGUGCUUCUUGUUUGAUUUCUUGGAACCAGCAGGUACUUCUUGUUUGAUUUCUUGGAACCAGCAGGUACUUCCUGUUUGAUUUCUUGGAACCAGCAGGUACUUCCUGUUUGAUUUCUUGGAACCAUCUGGUACUUCUUGUUUGAUUUCUUGGAACCAGCAGGUACUUCCUGUUUGGCUUCUUGGAAACAGCUGGUGCUUCCUGUUUGGCAUAUUGGAACCAGCUGGUACUUCCUGUUUCGCUUCAUGUAAUCCGUAGGUACUUCCUGUUUGACUUCUUGGAACCAGUAGGUACUUCCUGUUUGGCUUCUUGGAACCAGUAGGUACUUCCUGUUUGGCUUCCUGGAACCAGCUGGUACUUCCUGUUUGGCUUCUUGGAACCAGCAGGUACUUCCUGUUCUAGGAAGCCAAACAGACUUCUUGCUGUUUGGAACUGUUCCACAUAGGUAUUUCCUGUUUUGGAACUCCAGAGGGGAGGAGUCACCAAGUCCAUUUGUCAUGUAGUGUCAAUGCGUUAGACUCACAGAUUCAAUUUUGGAUUCAGUUUAUGAAACUCAGGGUUUUUGUUGAAGUGAUCAAUGCUGACACACAAAAGCGUCUCACAAAAUACUGUGUUAAACAAAGUAAUAUUUUUCUGUGACAUCAGGAUUACGGAGGAUAAUGAAUGUUUAAGCUGAAUGUCUGGAGUGGCUCCAAACUGAAGGUUUGGUGUGUCGUCAGUCUGGCACUGCUGCUGUAAAUAACCAAACCAGACCAUCAAAAGAUGGUUUAUGUGGACUAUAUCUAUGUCUUAAAGAACAACUGUAGUGUUCAAUGUAUCAAAACAUAAAUAUGAAUGUGAUUUAUGCACUUUUCCUAUGACAACAAGACGGUUGUCCUGAAACGACCACAUAACUACGGCGAGUGCAGAAGCAGCUCUGCUCAUAGACAGUAGGAACUAUAGAAACUAAUCAUGUAAGGGAUAUGUUAUUCUUUUUCGGUGCAAUAUGUGUAAAUCUGUGCAGGUUCUUUUAGAGCACAGCGGUUAGAGACUAUCAGUACAGCUGACAUCUGUAGAAAUGUCCCUUUAAAGCCUCCGUCUUUUCUCCGCCCUGUGAUUGUACGACACUGACAGUUAUGCCUAUCCAAACGGAGAAUGGACACACUGCUGCUUUAUCUUGUUUGGAAAGCCAUUAGACGGGAUGAUCAACGCAGCUCUGAAGAGCGGAUUCAGCUUUUGAUGUAGCCGGUUGAUACCAAAAUAAAAGCUGUGACUCAAAA